UCCGGUGCAGAGGUGACCGCGCAAGUUAAACAUUACAGAAAGCUAAGCUAGACUCGGCGUUUUUGGCAAACUCACGUUCUUUACAACCACGCCAAGAUGCCUGCUGCUCUUGAGUGGGAUAAAGUGAUGGGAAUUGACCCAGUCAACAUCUAUGAAUCUGAAAAGGACCUAAUGGACGUCACCAGCAUGUUAGAGAUGACAGAAGAAUGGGAGGUGAAGGAUAAAGCUCCAGAGAACAUUGUUCACAUCCUCAGAGUAUUUCAGGCACUGUUGAAGAUGAAGGAUAGGGAAUUUAAAGCUGCAGAGGAAUACUUCUUGAAGAAUACAGAAAAAACAGCAGAAACUGAAAAGAAACUCCGCACUAAGGUGUUGAAGCUGGAACAAGAGUGCAAGCACUCCGGCACAGGGCCAGACACCCGCUUUCUGAGAGAUGAGAUCCGGCAGCUCGAGAACCAGCUUGAGCAGAGGGAGAAAGAGCUGACCCAGUUAAAGAAAGACAUGGGCAAAGACAAGAAAACCAAAGAGGAGUUGGUUGUGAGAGCAGAGGAGGCCGAAGAUGAGAUCAAGAAGCUAAAACGAGAGAAUGAGCAACUCCAGCAGGAUGUGGACUUCUAUCGUGAAGAGUUGGACCAGAAAGAGCAGGUUCCAUCCAGAGAUGAGAACACUGAGACCAAGAAGAGGCUCAGUUUAGCCAACCGUCAGCUCCACCAGUGCUUGGACGACCUUCAGCAAUCGGAGGAUGAAAUCUUACACCUGAAGACACAGAAUGAGCAGAUGCAGAAAGGCCUGGAGGAGUCGGUGAAGGAGAUGGAGAAGAUGACAGACGAGUACAACAAGAUGAAGAUCGUUGUGCAGCAGACUGACUCCAUAAUGGACCAGCUCAGGAAAGAGAGGGAUCAUGCACAGCUACAAGUCAGAGAGUUAACAGAUAAGAUUCAUAGCAUGACUGAGGAGGAUGACCCAAUAAUGGCUGCAGUCAAUGCCAAAGUGGAGGAGUGGAAGAGAGUGCUCUCUGGGAAGGAUGAUGAAAUUUUGGUGUACCAGCAGAUGAUCCGCGACUUGAGAGAAAAAUUGCGUUCAGCCCAGUUUGACUUGGACAAAAGCAACAUUAUUGCUUUGCAGCAGGUCAUAUAUGAGCUUUGCAGUGCAGUCCAAGAGAGAGAUAAUCAAAUCAAGAUGCUGAGUGAGCAGGUGGAGCAGUAUACAGGGGAAAUGGAGAAGAACACCCUGCUCAUUGAGGAGCUAAUGACAUCAAAGAAAGAACAAGGUCUUCCAUCAUCCAUAAGACAGAAAAAGAUUGCUGCGCUGCAGUCCAAGCUGGAAAGUGCGGAGGCCAGAGCAGUGGUAGCAGAGCAGGCAGUAAAGCUUGCGGAAGCUCAUGCCGAGGAAAAAGACAAAGCACUGAUUGAGGCUUCAAAUCGCUUGAGCCAGUACGAGUCUGGUACUUAUGGCCUGGAAGCAGCCAUUGUGGAGAUCAAAGAGUAUAAAAAUCAGAUUAGAGUGAGAGAUUGUGAGGCAGAGGCAAUGACGAAUGAGAUCAACCAGCUUGAGAUGAGAAUCAAUGACCUCAUGGAUGAAAAUGAGGACUUCCGAGAAAAACUAGGUCUGGAACCAAAGCAAGAAGUGGAUCUGACAGAGUUCAGGCGAGCCAAAGAUCUCAGACAACGUCAGUACAAAGCAGAAAACCAAGUCCUCACCAAAGAGAUUGAACGGCUUGAAGAGGAAAGAUUGGAGUUGAAGAAACAAAUCAGGCGCAUGGUGAAGGAGAGAGGGAUCCCACAGUCAAGCCUGCUGCUGGAGGAGGAAGCUGGGCCAGGCAGAACUGGACAGCUGCCAUUCAAACAAGGCACCUACACAAAUGAAGAGCUCCAACGCAAAAAUGAGUACUUGGAAAAAGAACUUAGAAAUAAGGAAAGAGAGCUGCAACUCCACAAGACCCAGUUUCAAGUCAAAUUGGAUGAACUGUCAAAAGUGAAAAGCGAUCUGGAGGCUGCGCUAAGAGAUGUCCUCCAAGCCAUGAGAGUUAAUCAAGACACCUUUCCAUCUAACGCUGCCAUCAGUGUUCCUAGUCUGGAGAGGCUGGCUAAUGCUACCGAUGUUAACAACAUGACUGGGCAGUCUGAGUCAGCCCUGCACCUCAAAUCCCAUAUACAUCAGCUGGUGGGAAGAAAUGAAGAACUUAGGCAGGAAUUGAAAUUGGCUCGGGAGGAAGCCACCAGCAGCUUCAGUCAGCUUGCCAGAGCCAAAGAAAAGGUGAGCCAACUGGAAGGUGAAAUGGAGCUACUAAGGAGGUCAGGCAGCAGUGGAGUCACCCUUCGACCACUGACCCUGCCUGAGGGCCUGGGGUCCAGCAGCACCGAAGUCAUCAGCUCUCUGAAUGAGUAUGCUGUUAGACUUCUUCAGGAGCUCAAAAACAGGGAGGAAAAAAGCAAGAAACUUGCAGAAACACUGGAGGAAUACAAGGAGAAGUUUUCUGUUAUUGGCCAUCAACAGGGACUCCUCUAUAAAGAAUACCUAAGUGAGAAGGCAGAGUGGCAAAAGAAAAACGACACCUUUACAGAGUUGAAGAAUAAACUGGAGGAGGAAAAACUGGCGGAUGCUGUUAAAAUCGAGGAGUUCAAUGAGCUGCUUGACACCCUUCAGAAGGACCCAGACGAAAUCAAGAGACAGUUGAGUGAAGCAUUGCGCAAACUGACGGUGCUUAAGGUUAAUGAGAAAAAACUGACACGACGCUACAUGACCCUGCUGGAGCAAGAGCAGCACCUCCACAAGGAGAACAGCAAACUGAGGGAGGAGAGCAUCAACAUGCAGGCCUCCGUCACCCAGAGGAUGGGCUACCUUCAGAGAUACAAGGAAAUGGCUGCAUAUAAGAUAGCAGCUCUGCAGAAGGCCCUGGAUAACAGUGUGCCCUCAUCUGACCUGGAGAAGGCGAACAGACAGUACACAGAACUGACGGUUAAGUACAGAGACAUGCUGCAGAGGGAUAGCCAGCUCAUACAGAGAACCACCAACCUCGAACAUUUGGAGAGUGAGAAUGAGUCUCUUCAGGAGCAAAUCUCUGCCAUUAAUAAAGAACUAGAGAUCACAAAGGAGAAACUGUAUACCUUGGAGCAAGCAUGGGACAACAUCAAUGCAAUUGGAGGUGAAAAUAGCAUGGAUAAGGCAGACAAGGCGAUGGCCAAUAAUGAGAUGAUAUCUGCGGCCAGACGGAUCACCACCCUUGAGAUGAAGGAGCUGAAUGAGAGACAGAGAGCAGAGCAUGCCAACAGAAUGUAUGAACAAAUGCGGAACUCCCUCAGGCAGGUGGAAGAACGGAACCUAGAACUGGAGUCCAAGUUUGCAGAGUUGACCAAGAUAAAUGUAGAGGCCCAAAGAGUGGAGAGGGAGCUGAGAGACGAGCUGGCAGACAGCAUCAGCAAAGCUGUGAGCGACGCUGACAGAGCCAGGAUUGCUGAGUUGGAGAAGGUCGAGGCUGAGCUUCUCAUCGAGGUUUCUAAACUUCAAGAGGUGUCUGAUGUGGCCAUGAUGCAGGCAUCUGCUCUACAGGCCCGACAGCAGUCCAAAGACAAGGAAGUACAAGCUUUGAGGAGACAAAUACUGGACCUCCAGUCACAUUCAGAUGAGAAGGCCCUCAUUGCGAAGCUCCACCAGCACAUUGUGGCUCUGCAGCUUAGUGAGUCAGAUGCUGUGGCCAAGCUUGAGGCGGCCACCACUCGCAUCAAACAGCUGGAGACCUACAAGCUUCGUGCUGAACAGCGGCUUGAUGCAAGCGAGGGCAAUCUGUUCCUCAUCCGCCAGGAGGGCAGAAAUCGAUCCAAGCACCUACGGCAGACCAUCCAGUCACUACGUAGGCAGUUUGCAGGGGCUCUGCCUCUUCCCCAGCAGGAAAAGUUCUCUGUGACCAUGGUGAACCUUCAGGAGGACAGAGCAAGAGCCCUGGAGGAGAAGAAGAAGGCUGAGGAGGAGAGAAGGAGGGCUGAGGGCAGAGCAGAAGAGCUGGAGAUGCGACUUCGAGGCCUGGAGGAGCUCAUCUCAACACUGAAGGAUGCGAAAGGAGCUCAGAAGGUAAACGAGUGGCACAAGAAGAUGGAAGAAGCUCGUCUGCAGGAGCUUAGGAAAGGCAGGGAGCUGGUGGUCCAGAAGGAGGAGAUCAGGCACCUGAAGAACCUUGUGGAAGAACAAGAGCGAAACAUCCGCUCGCUCGAAGAAGAUAUGGUUCAGCAAAACAUGCUUCAAGAUGAACGCCAGCUUGCAUGGGAUCAGCGCGAGGUGGAGCUGGAGCGCCAGCUGGACCAGUAUGAAAAGCACCAGACUGAGAUUCUGAGCAGAAGUUCUGAAAAGUAUGAGGAUGGAACAGGAUCCCUACCAGACCCAAGUCUACCUCUUGCUCACCAGUUAGAGUUUGCCUUGGGGAAAAUCAGAGAGCAUGUCCACACCAUCUUAGACACACAGGCCACCUGCAAACGUUUAGAUGAGAAGUUGAAAGAGAAAGAAGCAGCCCUGUGGAAGGAGGAACAGAACGUUGUCUCAAGGGAUAGAGUGAUCAAUGAGCUACGACUUCGGCUCCCAGCGGCAGCUGAUAGAGAACGCCUGUUAGCUGACCUUGCCAAGCAUGAAGAGUGCCUUCCAGACAGUCAGCCUGCCCUCAAGCUGGCUCACCAGACCAUCAAAGACCUCCAAGGUCGGCUUGACAAAAAAGAAGAUGUGCUAAAGAAAUACCAGAGCCAGUUGGCUCGAGCCAGACAGGAUCAAGAGGACAUGAUAAAGAGGCACCAGGAGGAGCUGAGAAUGCUGCAUCAGAAGCUGGACUUGCACUCAGACACCUCCUUGGACCACUUUAAACAGACAGCAAUGGAACUGAUGAAGAAGCCCACUAUCAGAGUGCCAACCACCAAGCAUCUGGAGCGUCUGGCAGAGCUGGAGCAGACGGUUGCUGAACAGGAUGUCUCUCUCUCCUCUGUCACGGAGAAGCUCAACCUGACCACUGCUGAGCUAGAGAGACAAAGGAUCGCCAUGGAAACACAAGCUAAGAAACACACUGAUGAGAUGUCAAGGCUCGAGGAGUAUCAUGCUGCCCAGGUGAAGGCUGUGACGGCUGAGACAGAGGAUCAGAGAAGCCAGAUGGCCCAGAUGGAGAAGGAGAUGAACUACCUCCAAACAGAGCUGGCAGCCCAGAAGGAGGCAAACGUCCGCUCUCCUAGCAACACCAUGAAGAACCUGGUGGAACGACUGAAAGCACAGCUCACGCAGAAAGAGAAAAAGCUCAAGGGCCUCAGUAAGGCCCUCUUGGAGCUGCGGGCAGAGAUGACGUCUGCUGCGGAGCAACAAGUCAUAGCCAGCGCUUCAAUUAAAGAGGAGAGUCUCAAUGUACAGAUGUUGGUUGACAGACACACCAAAGAUCUAAAGGUGCGUGUACAAGAACUUAAUGAAGAACUUCAAGCCGCAAAGGAUUCUGCCAAAGCAUCCAGAGGCCGGGAAAACUCCUUGAAGGAGGAAGUGGACAGCCUGAACCAGGAUCUCCAGAGGAAUCAAAAAACCCAGAGACGCCUACAGGCUGAAAAGGAGGAGAGAGAGCAGGAAAUACAGGAGCUGAAGCAGCAAAUCAAGAGGCUGAGCAGCGCCCUUCAGAGAAUGGAUCACAUGAAUCAACCAGAACCAGAUGGAAAGGGGCCAACCAUCGAGAAUCUGCAGAAAAAGAUCAGGAGGCUGGAGGCUGACUUGGAGAAAAAGACAGACAUGAAAAAUGUUAAAGAUGAUAAUGGAAAGGCUAGAGACGAAAUUGUGCGUUGGGAGGAGGGCAAGAAAUGGCAGGCCAAGAUGGAGAAGAUGAAGAAUUCACUGAAGGAGAAGGAACGUGAGAAUGAAUCCCUGUCGAAACAGCUCAGCACUCUUAAAGACCUGUAUGCCAGACUGGAGCAAGAGAAGAAUGCACUGCAGAAGAAACUGAAGGCUCGAGGUGUGACUGCUGACCAGGUGGUGGUAGUGCGAGCCAAUGAAAUGGAGAAGGAGAUUGAAGAGCUGAAGAAGAAGAACUCAGACCUGGAAUCACAGAUCCUCAUCAUAAAAGAGCACCAGGCUUUACCUCGUGAUGACGCCAUGGAGAAUCUGACCGUGAGGAACCGCUACCUGGAGGAGAGACUUCACUCUUUAGAGAGCCAGAUACACAAGGAGACAUCAUCAAGGCCCUCUGUGAAGAGCUCUUCCUCACAUACUUUGAGAGGGACUUGUUCUGUCACUUUUGAUGUUGAGGAUGUGUCAUGCGAAGGGGGUUUGGCACUCCAUCCUGCUGAAACCUACAGCCGCUCUGUUAGCCCUGAAACUGUUGCAGACACCACUGACCAACAGAGGGAACCAGAGAGAAGCCAGAUCAAUAAAAAAACUCAGACCAGCUUUGUUGGAGCAGAAGAUGUUCGCACUGAACAAGAGCCAUCUAGUCCCGACGUUGCAGCAAGCACAGCGGCAGCCAAAACAGAUGUGUCAAGGGAAGAAGAUGUCAAAGAACAUGAGACUGAAACAGAAGCAGAUGUAGAAAGCUCACAAGCAUGUGUGUCUGAUGGUGAUGUGGUCGAAGAAAAAGAGGAACCACAGGACACCAAAGUACAUGAGCCUGAUCCUAAUGAUCCUUCUCAAAGACCAGGAUCAGCCACAUCAACCUCUGAGCUAGCUAUGUGUGAACUGUUGAAUAAAGAGGGUGUUUGUGAACAACAUGAUGAAGAUACAGAUGAUGUGGGAAUCAGGGAAGAAGGGAGAAAGCUUGAGGAGGCUGAGGAACAAACUGAGCUGAGAGCUGAAGCGGUUGAGGCUACAAAGGAGGCAACAGAGGGUGAUAAUCCAGAAAAGUCCUGCCCAGCAGAACCAGAUGUGGACUCAAGCUCCAUAUUGAGCAAACACUCAGAGAGGUUUAUCGUUAAAAAAAGGGAUGAUCGCAUACAGAAACGAGAGCACAGGUCUUUUAGAUAUCUGAAGACUUCAGGACGAGGCACUGGCACUCCCUCACAGAGAGAUCAGGACCUCCAGAAAGAAAACCUCAAGUUGGCCUCUGAGAACCUUGAGCUGCGCUUUCAGCUGGAGCAGACCAACAAAGACUUACCAAGACUCACGAAUCAAGUGGCAGACCUAAAGGAGUUGUGCAGCAUGUUGAAAAAGGAAAAGGCAGACGUGGAGAAAAAGUUGGCACAUAUACGUGGAGCUGGUCACAGUGGCAAAACAGUACCUGAACUUGAGAAGACCAUCGGGCUGAUGAAGAAGGUGGUGGAGAGGGUGCAGCGGGAAAAUGAAACACUUAAAAAAUCCAGCGCACCUGCGAAUCAAGACAAGGUCGCUGCCUUGGAGCAAGAAAACGUCAAACUAAAGGCUGACUAUGAGAAACUAAAAAGUCAAAGUGAAGCUGAGCUGAUUUCCAAACUUGAAUCUAAAACUAAAGGACUGGAGAAAAUAGUCAUGGACAAUGAACGUCUACGCAAGGAGAUCAAAAGGGAAAUGGAAGCUGCAGAGAGGCUACGAGUCACUAAGACGAGUCUGGAGGUGACCAAUGAGAAGCUUGAGGCAGAGCUGGAAGAAACCAAGCAGAGACUGCGGGCAGCUCUGUCCAGACCCAUCACAGAGGGAGCGGACAGUAAGACCUGGAAGGCAUCUGUGGUAACGAGAAUGUUUGAGAAUAAGAUGAAGGAGCUGGAGAAGGAGCUCUCCCAGAAGACAGCCACUCUGUCUGAACUCAAACAAGAGCUGAAGGAGGUGAACGAGCGCGAGGAGCGAGCUCAGAUAAGCGUCAGACAGCUUGAAGAUCAGGUUGACAUGUUGAAAAGAUUUCCUACCGCUGCAAAGACUGGAGGCGGACUCUCCAAGGAGUUCCAGGCAAUGAGACUGUUGAACACUGAGCUGCAGAAGGAGAACACAGAACUGAAACAGAGGCUGAACGAGUACAGUGAGCGAUAUGGUGAAACAUCUUCUAAGCUAGACUACGGGAAGCUCAAACAGCUCCUGCAAGCAUCCGAAACAGAAAAUACAAAACUUCAAACUGAGGUCAAAAAGCUGAAGAAAGAACUGGAAAGCUUUGACCCGACGUUCUUUGAUGAGAUUGAAGACUUAAAAUACAACUACAAUCUAGAGGUGAAGAAGAACAUCCUGCUGGAGGAACAGCUAAAGAAAAUGUGCAAUCAGUUUGGUGUUACAGCUGAACUGCCCAGCGUGUCCAUCAGUUAACUCAGGGUCACCAUGCCUUUUACAUGACAUGUGCACUGUUAAAACUACACCUGAACAUACUUUUAUGGGUGUAAGUUUGUGGAUUAUUUUAUGUUUAUAUUUCUCAAUAUAUAUACACUUUAAUUUAAUUUACUUUUUUUUUUUUUGGAACCGUCAGGCACCAAAUGUUGCCACUGAAUGACAAGAUGCACCAAAGUGGAAUUUGAGGCCGAUAACCAAUAUUAUAAAAAUGUAUAACUGCAUUAAUAUGAAGAGGAAAAUCAAUGUAUUUGGAUUAAGUUUAUUUUUCUAAUAUACGCCCAUAUCUAGAGAGCCCUCAACCACCCUAGAAAAUAAAAAACUUAAUUUACUGUAAAGCUGUUUAUAGAAAGUUUUUGUUAUUAAUUUAUUUGAACGUGACUAAUAGCAGACUACUGUAUGUGUCCUUUUUGACAGGCAUGUUAUUGGAUCCGCUACCAGCCUUUUACAACAUUCCACUAUUAGCAUAGUAUAGCUGUGUAAAUCAUCAUAACAACAAUAAAUCAGCCACUGAUGUAUCACGCAUUGCAUCUGCUUAGAUGUGUUAUCUUGUUUACAUUUUCUUCAUCAAUCUUUACACUUGGGUAGUUUUGCCUUUUUUUUUAUUUAGGCUGCUUGCACUUAGACAAAAUUCAAGAGUUAAGAACUUUAGCUUCUUGUGAGGCAGCUGUUUAUUGUUAAUUCUUGGUUUGGUCAUGUAACUUAUUUUGUGUUUUUCUAGAACAGUCAAAAAGUUCCUUUUCUCACUGUGUGUUAAAGAAACCGAGGAGAAGAAAAACUAUUGUAUGAAGAAAAUUAUUUUUUCCCCCAUGUGUGAAACCGAGUAGAAAAAAAGUCUGUCGAAACUAACUUAACAAAACCUUUUUUCCCCACACCAGUUCUCAAGUCAAACACAGGAGACAAAACUAUUUAGAUCAGAAUUGUAAAAUGGAUCACCAGAAAACAAAGGCUUCUGUAUCUUUUACAUAUUGUUUUGUUUCUGUGUAUUUUUCAAUAAAGCUGCUUUUGUACUAA